AUCCUUGUGUUGUUACUCUUACCAACUCCCUCCCUCUUUUCGUUCCUCCCCCAGAUGUCCGCUCUGUAAUCGCUUUCCCAACUUCGAUCCCGUGAUUUCAGCCCCGGAGUUCAACUGCCCGCCGUCCUCUCCGAUUAGCCUCCGGCGGAUAUCUGGCUUCUCUGGCUCGUCGUUAUUCAGCUCCUGAGAGAUUAUCUCUCUGCGGACCUAUUCGCUGGACGAAAUGUGUGGCAUCCUAUAGUUGAUGCAACUUUCGGAUCCAAGGCGAAGAGAUGAGCGUGAGCAAUGCAUCCGUUCACCCUGUGGAAGAUCCUCCAACUACCGAAGGUGCCAACGAACCGAGGGCGAGGAUGAAGGACAUACAAGGCAUGCCGGCCACCCUGGGAGGGCUUGCCCUGCGUUUAUGUCAAUUCCUCUUUGCAGCUGCUUCACUCUGUGUCAUGGCAACCACCAGUGACUUUCCAUCUGUCACUGCCUUCUGCUACCUUGUUGCAGCUGCUGGUUUGCAGAGCACAUGGAGCUUUUCCUUGGCGCUGACAGACAUUUAUGCCAUAUUAGUGAGGCGGUCAUUGCAAAACCAGCGGGUAUUAAUGCUGUUUACGAUUGGUGAUGGGGUCACCUCCACACUCAUGUUUGCCGCGGCAUGUGCAUCAGCAGGAAUCACUGUUCUCAUCGACAAUGACCUCGGGAGCUGUUCCCAGAAUCAUUGUGUUCAGUUCGAGACUGCUACAGCCAUGGCUUUCAUCAGCUGGUUUGUCGCUCUGCCUUCUUUCUUCUUCAACUUCUGGUUUCUGGCAUCCCGAUGACAAUGAAGGUCAUGAGGGAGGAAGCCCGAAAAGAAAACCAGUAGAUCUUUUUUGUAUACCAGAUCUCACGAUGCCUUUGUCUUUGAAAAUUUAAAAUCAUUGUCUUGGGUAUGUAUUGGGCAUAUGCUGUAAAUUAGGUGAGGGCAGUGUGAAUUUUACAUUGUGGAGCCCUUGGAUAUGGAUUUUGAUUAGAUGAACAUUUUGAUGCGUCUGUCAUUUGAACAGAUCAUUAUUCUUUGAAUUUUGCACUUGCUCAUGUCGUGCAUGCGACUUUAUGAAACUUCA